CCCCCCCUCCUCCCCCCUCCGCUGCUCUUUCUCUUUCCCCAAGCAGUGAGCCUCGGACAGUGCUCGGCUCCAGCGCUUUAUUUUAAGAUGAUCGGCCAAGGUCUUUGCAGAUAGAUUUUAUCUGAAGUUAAAUAGCAGGCGCUCGCCGCUCACUCGCCAAUAAGUCAUUUUUAAUAGAGACAAAUCGCUCUGGACGCCCCGGAGCGCCGGUGCCGCCGCUCCUGCCCGCGCCCCCCGCCGAAGGCGAGCGGGCAGCCCGGGCAGCUGCCGCCUCCAGUAAGUGUCCUGCUCGGCGGAUCCAGAGCGCGGCCGUGUGCGGAGAAGGGGAGGCGAGGGGGGGAGAGCCUGCCAGCCGCCCCGCCGCCCUGACAGUGCCUGCGCUGGAUGCACAGCGGCCGCGGGACACCUCGGCGCGGAGCGCGGCGAGGAGAUGCGCAGGGGUGGUGGGCUGCGCCGCGGCACUCAGCCCCUCUAGGCUCGCCCAUGGAGCGUCCCGCGGAGCCCCGUCCGCCGUCGGAUCCCCCACGCCGCUGGUGAGAGCUCUGCUUGUUCUGUAAAGUGGAUGUCAGGUGGAUCUAUGUUCUGGAAGGAACAAAGAGGCAGCGAAAGCAGCGCGGGGGAAGUUUGAGCGGCGAGGAUGCAGGCUGUGUACUGGUACGCGGUCCUUCUGCUGCAGCCCACUCUCUACCUGGUUACCUGUGCAAAUUUAACAAAUGGAGGAAAAACAGAACUUCUAAAAUCAGGAAGCUCCAAAUCCACACUAAAGCACAUAUGGACAGAAAGCAGCAAAGACUUGUCCAUCAGCCGACUGCUGUCACAGACUUUUCGUGGAAAGGAAAAUGAUACAGAUUUGGACCUGCGAUACGAUGCCCCAGAAACUUAUUCUGAACAAGAUCUCUGGGACUGGCUGAGGAACUCCACAGAUCUGCAAGAGCCUCGGCCCAGAGCAAAGAGACGGCCCAUCGUCAAGACUGGGAAAUUUAAGAAAAUGUUUGGCUGGGGAGAUUUUCAUUCCAACAUCAAGACUGUGAAGCUAAAUUUGUUAAUAACAGGGAAAAUCGUUGACCAUGGCAAUGGGACGUUUAGUGUUUACUUCAGGCAUAACUCCACUGGUCAAGGAAAUGUAUCUGUGAGCCUAGUGCCCCCUACAAAAAUAGUGGAAUUUGACUUGGCACAACAGACAGUGAUUGAUGCCAAAGAUUCCAAGUCCUUUAACUGUCGAAUCGAGUACGAAAAGGUUGACAAGGCUACCAAGAAUACUCUCUGCAACUAUGACCCUUCAAAAACCUGUUAUCAGGAGCAGACCCAGAGCCAUGUGUCAUGGCUCUGCUCCAAGCCCUUUAAAGUAAUCUGUAUUUACAUUUCCUUUUAUAGUACAGAUUAUAAACUAGUACAGAAGGUGUGUCCUGAUUACAACUACCACAGUGACACACCCUACUUCCCUUCAGGGUGAGGACCAACUUGUGUCUGAGACUGAAGCCUGGGGAAUAAAAGAGGUCGAAUAACAGGGCUGUAACCUCAAGGAGGAAGGCCACAUCUAUUGCCUGGAAUGUGUCUACCUGCUGCUGCUGAUGUCAAAUGGCUGCAAAUAUGUUAGUGGAAAACAAUCUAAUGUAAUUUUUGCCCAGUCAGCUCCAUGUAUCCAUCUAGGUGUAAAUCACUAUGGAUUUGAAAUAAAACCAUACACAUACACAGAGACGCACACACUUUUCAGCGCACAUUAUUGAGAUUCCUGUUAAGAAAUCUUUCAUUGUCUGAUACCUAAGGAUUCAGCAUAACCUAUCAUCAAGCAAAAUGGAUUAACUAGACAGUACAAGGUUUCUAAGGCAGACUGUUAUGGAAAUCUCCUUGAAACUCCUUUGAGUACAUGCCAAUCAAUAAUCCCCACUCAUGCGUUCUACUGCUUGGAGCAGCUGUACUGGUAAAUAAUACUGUAGGAAUAAAUACUUGUUAAAAUGGGAAAAAGUGUGUUUAGGGUUCAGUAUUCCAUAUUAUACGAACACAGCAAAGUGUCAUGACUUUUCCCAGCACACAGCAGGCACAUUCAAGGUGGUGUUGGUGGCUCUUUUUCCAUGGAGCAAGCCUGUUUCUAGUAAAGAUGGGCAAACAUUUGAAAUUUACAUGUGAGCAGACAUUUUGGUUUAAUGUUUCUCUGACUCUUUAAGCUCUGAUUCUUUAAACUUGUUUGAGUUUAGGCCAGCUAAACUACUUAAAAACUGGAAUUGAUCUCUAAGAAGGAAAAUGCCUGGCGGAGAACAUGUAAGUUAUAAGUGGCUGUCUUAUCUUUAUUACAAAAUAUUGUAACAAAUUCAAUAUCCUAGUCUUCAUUUGUAUGAAUGGUUUGUAUUGUACAUAAUUUAACCAGUGUUAUUUGAGCUGCUUAUUAAUAUUAACUUGUAAUUGUCUCUCUGCUUGUUAUUGUUUAAAACAAUCAAGGAAAUGAGGAAUCCAUUUUAUCAAUGUAGCUGUAAACUCCAUUAAAAGACAGAACUAUGUACAAAGCAUUUAUUCAGCUAAAGUAUUGUUGAAAGCUAUACAUAUACAACAUUACAGUCUGUCUGUAUUUAGAUAUUUUAUUUCCAGAGGGAAAAAAAUGAACUGUACAUAAAAAUAAAAAAUCUUAAAGUUGAGUUUCAA